AUAUUAUAUAUAUAUGCAGCCCUUUAACGUCAACGAAACCAAACCAAAGACUUUCUUCUCGUCUCCAAAGACCCUCUCUUCUCGUCUGCUAAUUCCUCUCUCUCUCUCUCUCUCCCCCGAGCACAAGCCAAACGCAUGGUUUAAUUUUACUCCCUCUUCUUCUAGCUAGCCGAGCUCUGAUCGCAGAUCCGGAAGUGUUCGGGCGAGUUUGCUCGUCUUUUUCGUAUAUAUAUUCCGCAAUGGACAUCGAAUAUCAGGAGGAGUACAUAAGGAGUUCUAGAGGCGUCCAACUCUUUACUUGCAGAUGGUUGCCGUCUUCCUCUUCUCCCAAGGCUCUCGUUUUCCUCUGCCAUGGCUACGGCAUGGAAUGCAGUGAUUUCAUGAGAGGAUGUGGAACGAUGCUGGCAAGGUAUGGAUACGGAGUGGUGGGGAUAGAUUACGAAGGACACGGGCGAUCCAUGGCUGCCCGAUGUUACAUCAAGAAGUUCAACAACAUCGUCAACGACUGCUCCAACUUCUUUAAAUCUGUCUCUGCAAAAGAAGAGUACAGGGGGAAGAAGAGGUUCCUAUACGGAGAGUCGAUGGGGGGAGCCGUCGCGCUGCUGGUUCACAAGGAGGACCCAACUUUCUGGCACGGCGCGGUUCUUGUUGCGCCCAUGUGCAAGAUCUCGGAGAAGGUGAAGCCACACCCGGUGGUUGUCAAUUUGCUGACAAUGGUGGAAGACAUCAUACCCAGAUGGAAGAUUGUCCCCACCAAGGACGUCAUUAAUUCUGCCUUCAAGGACCCUAUUAAGCGGGAACAGGUUCGAAACAAUAAGUUGAUAUACCAAAGCAAGCCAAGGCUGAAGACUGCCCUAGAAAUGCUCAGAACUAGCAUGAGCCUUGAGAACACCUUAGGCGAGGUGACGAUGCCAUUCUUUGUGUUGCAUGGGGAGGCGGAUACGGUGACUGAUCCGGAAGUGAGCAAAGCAUUGUACGAGAAGGCGAGCAGCAAGGACAAGACCAUUAAAUUGUAUCCCGGAAUGUGGCAUGCUUUGACAUCUGGCGAGUCGGACGACAACAUUGAAUUUGUCUUCUCGGACAUCAUUUCUUGGCUUGACAAGCGGUGUGGAGGAGAUUACUACGAUGGCCUUAAUUACGAGCAAACGAAUAGCUUGAUAGAAAAUGUCAUGCCAGUUUCAUUGUCGGUAACGGGGACUUCCCGGAAGGCGCGACGAGCGAGAUCGUCGGCCAACUAUUUGUGCGGGUGGAAAGGGCGUUAACUAAGGCGAUUGUUCUUCUUUCUCUGCUUGACUUGUCAAGUGAAUAGAAAGGCCCAAAAAAAACAAUUGGACUAAAUCCAGAAUUGAAGUGGGAGUUUAGUAAAAAUUUAUUAGUGUAAACUGUUUUUGGUCGAAAUUAAUCUAAAUUAUUCCUUUGCAAGGCCCAUAAGCUGUGGCACAAUGCAAAGGCCUAGUUGAUUAUUUUAUACAAUUACGUAGACAGUACCUUCUGUUGUCGGGUACUUCUAUCUGGAGUCCGUCUGUCGCUGUUUGGUCGGCCCAAAAAUUGCUUCUCUUUGUUCCACCAGGCCCAGUCUGGUUGAAACUUCCCUUUUUAGGAAUUUUUUUUAAUAAUAAUUGCAAUAAUUAUUUUUAAAAAAAAUUA